AUGGCCGAUUCUCUAUCAUCCUCCGUUAAUUCCCUUCAGUCCUCCCUUCAGCUCCUCGAUUCCUCCAUCUCCACCCUUGAUUCCGGCAUCAAUGACUUUCCCCGAAUGUGCAAGGUGCUACAAACAACCAGACAUUUUGAACUUCUACCAGAGCCAACUUUGCGCGAAGCACAACAAUCUCUAUUGGACGAGAUCACACCAAGCAUCGCACACCUUCUAUCUCUAGCGUCAAACCACGUCGAAAAGCUUUCCCGCCGCGAACAAGGUCUGCGGGCGAAAUGCGAGCUCCAAGAGGGGCGACUCUACUCCAACGAGAAUCGUGCGACGACAAGUCGCAGUCAGAGCAGCGCAUCGGGUGAUCGACAACGAGGAAGUGCCACAGGCAAAGCCGCGGAGUUGAGACGGCUGGUCCAGAAGAGAGAACGUCUGCAGUAUGCAGUUGAACGACUGGAGCUGCAAACCUUCCCUGACUCCCACGGUGUCUCACACGAGUCCCCUCAACCGACGGAGGAUAUCAUUUUCGUUCCGCCGGGAUAUCGAUAUGUGCGGAGAAUCCCAGCCCCUAAACCUAGUGGCUUAUGGCCCACUCGCAAAUACGCCCAACUUCCGCGACGAGAUCUAGCGGAGUACUGGCAGAGACAUGAAAGGCGAGCCCUCAUGCCAACAUGGUGUAGUGGGAAUGUGAGACUACUGGUCACCUCAGAGCACAGCCACACACAUGCCAAAGUCUACAAUGACAUUAUGGCUGAAUGA